CAUGAUAAUUCAAUAAUUUCUUUCCAGAAAACCAUAAUUUGAAUUUUGAAUUAGCAUAAACUUCAUUACUUUCUAACCAAAAUGAACUUCAGUGAUCUCUUUGUUAUAUUUCUUAGCCUUUUUGGAUAUGGGGCUGCAGAUCAGUUUGUUACAUGUGGUUCCAUCACCAAGUUAUAUAACCCACAUUACAGGGUGCGUUUACACUCUCAUGAUGUGAAGUAUGGAUCAGGAUCAGGUCAACAGUCAGUGACAGGGUCGCCUACUCAAGAGGACCACAAUAGCAAUUGGCUUGUCAAAGGAACUCCUGCCAAACCCUGCACCAGAGGGGAAGCCAUUAAGUGUGGAGAGCAGGUGCGGCUGGAGCACGUCAGUACACACAGGAAUCUUCACUCCCACCACUUCUCUUCUCCACUCUCUGACCAGCAGGAAGUGUCAGCGUUUGGAGAGGAAGGCGAGGGCGACACGGGUGAUGUCUGGUCCAUCAUCUGCAGUGGUGAAGCAUGGCGGAGAGGCGACCAAAUCAUGCUGCGCCACGUCGACACUGACGUGUACUUGGGGGUGACAGGGCAGCAGUACGGACGUCCCAUCAACGGACAAAGUGAAGUGGUUGGCUUGACACGGUCUGGACCACAGACCAACUGGCAGAGCAUGGAGGGCGUCUUUGUGCAGCGCUCCGAGCUCCCUGUCCCUUCCUCUCAUCCACACGCGGAAUUAUAGGAACUACACUAUCAAAUUUAAUCCAGAUUAUAGCUUCGAUGAUCGGUCCCGAGAAGAAUUUCUUGUAACAUUCUUGAGGUCAAAUGUUAAAUGUUCUUAGCUUCCCGUACCCUCCUCUCAUUCACAUUCGGACUUAUAGGAACUACACAAACAAACUUACUCGAUAGGCCGAGCAGUGUUCUGUUAAUAAGUUUAUGCGCAUCAGAGCUUUUGAGCUGAUGUCUCCAUAACGCGAGUUAGUAGCUUGGAGAAUCGGUCAAAGAGAAAUUGUUGUAACUUUAUUUCUUAAGAUCAAAUGUUAUUAAUGUUGCUAGCUCCCGGCCGCACUUCUUUCUAAAUUCUCGAGGUACCGGACCAACGAACUUUUUCACGUCAAUCAUCCAGUCAUGAGCGUCUCGUAGUGGAACGCUUUUACCUAAUUUUGCAGGACCAUACCUACUCAUGUGUACACUGUGAGCCUAUAAGCAUGUGCUAAGCGAGUCAUUAGUUUGAAUAGGUAAUGUAAUGCAAAACUUUUGCUGUGUUUUGUGUAUUAUCAGACAAUACAAUCGUCUCACGUUUUGAUUGAGAAUCACCACUACUUGCACGAAUUGUCAGUGUGAUCUAGAUAUCUUAAAUUAAUUUAGAAUGGAAUUAAGGCUUGUUUUCUCUUUAUAAAAGAUAUUGGCAUGGAAUUUAUUGAUAUGGUGUAAAAUUUGACGUUUAUUUAUUAGUUAAUCAGUUCAAUGUAUACGGUAAUCGUUUCUCCUAACGUAAAUUAAAGAUUUAUUUCUUGAAUAUGCCCGUCACGCAUUUCCUCACAGAGCUGAUUCGUUGGUUAGAAACUUGGCAUAAUGCCUUUCCGGGUCUUAGAUCUCCUGGAUAAUAACUGAGCGAAUGAAUUAUCUACGUCUUUUUCCGGACGAAUUCCAGUUGGGCUGUUUUGCUAGUUCUUGAAAUUAUUUCUAAGCCUAGGGAAGCUGCUCACGUUUUUUCCACUAUUGUCUUCUCAGCUCAUUUACGUAAUCUCAUAAGCUCAUUUACGUUAAUUCUCUCACACAUUGCGCUCUUAUAGUCUCCAAUCGCUUUUAUGGUUGCAUUCCAGUUACAUAGAGAUUACUUACUCUUUUUCCGCAUGCAGAUUUAGACUUGCAGCUUUUUAUCAGUCUCAUUUACUACGGUUUCGGUUUGAGAAUAUUACUGGUGUCUUCCGAGGUCGAUUGCCGCGGCUGAAAGUUCAAGCUCAAUCAAUAGUUUCGGACGAGUUUGCAGCUCCGUUUUCGUUCAGUCGACUUCUUCAGGAAUACUAAGCGAGCUACUCAUAAAGGUUUCAUUUACAAAAAUUUAUUUAUAAGCUUUCAGCAUUUAGUUUUUAAAUUUCCUGCAUCUAACUUCCAUCAUAGGAAUUAUUUUCAGCAUGACAUAUCCCAUGGGCAUUGCUCUGCUGUACGGUCUGCUUCGAAAUCGUUAUUAUUUGACACUUUGAUAAUAGUUGUUAAUUUUCUGCGCCAGUUUCGUGACCGUUUCCGCUGGUCCGAGCUUUUCGGGGUCAUUCUGAACAAGGCGUGAAAUUUGGCGUGUGUAACAAGGCGUGUUGACAUGUUGUUACUGAUGACUCCAAGAAAAGAGAUGGAUGUUUCGAGUCAUUUUUAGAAUAUCUGUUAUUUAUUUGUGAGCUGACUAGUGAGAUCCACUGACACUGCUCAGUUAUAUUAUUCUUGGGCAUUAAUUUUACGCACAAACUUGCAUCUAUUUAAGUUCAUUGUAUAUUGUUGUUCAACGUUGCUCGAACUUAAUUCAAUGAUUUAAUUCUUCAACUACCAUUUACUUCUUCAGUGCUAGAGUAAAGAUUUCUCAGUAUUAUGAAUAUUUUGUUGGAGUAUAUGCGCGAAAUGUAUCUAUUUCGAAUAAUAUUGCGCAAAUGAACCUCGUUUCUGUGCGACGUUUAUUCUCUGAUUCUUGUAAAAGUCUACAGAAGCAUCGGAUUCCAUUAAUCGGAUGUUGAAGAUACGCCACACCAAAUUUGUUUCGUUGCUGUGUUAUUUAUCUGAUUGUAGUUAGCUUGUCCAGCUUCAUGAUACAGCGCAUGACGUGUUGAUUAUUGAUAUUCGUUCGAGUAAGCGUCACAUCUGCGUAACAUAGUUCAGGUUCAAAUGAAAGAGUUCGUAAUUAAAUUAUUCUUUAAUCUAA